AUGAGUUCAAAUCGUCAUUGGAUGUAUACACGUAUUAGAAAUGGUCUUCUCACCGAAGAGUUUUUGGCUGGUCUUGAAACUUUCAUCCAAUUUGCUACUAGUCAACAUAGUUGGAUGGACGGGGAAAGAAUUAAGUGUCCAUGUAAUCAACGCAAGUGUCAAAACACCAAGUAUUUAGAUGUGCCUACCGUGAAAUACCACUUAGCAAAAUAUGGAUUUGUGUCAGACUACUAUGUUUGGCGCUUCCAUGGCGAGUACAAUGUCAAUUUAGAUGUUGAUCAAGACGUUGGUGGCCCACCUCAAGUGGCUAGUGAAGAAGCAUCUAAUGCUUACCAAACAAUGGUUAUGGAUGCUGCUGGUCCUGAAUUUAAUGUGGAUGAAAUAGAAGAAUCUCCAAAUCCUGAGGCCCAAAAGUUUUAUGACAUGCUGAAAGCUGCAGAUCAAGAGUUGUGGCCUGGGAGUAACAAACACUCGCAGUUGUCUCUUAUAGCUCGACUUGUGAGCUUGAAAUCAGAGAAUCACAUAUCAGAAAAAUGCUUCAAUCAAUUCACUGAACUUUUGAAAGAAGUUGUUCCGGAGGAUAAUCUAGUUCCUGACAACCUCUACGAAACCAAAAGGCUAUUACGGGGUAUGGGAUUGCCGGUUCAGAAGAUUGAUUGUUGCAAGAACAACUGCAUGAUAUAUUGGGAGUCAGAUAUAGAUAUGACAACGUGUAAGUUUUGUGCCCACCCUCGAUUUAAACAAACUUCUCGUGGUACUACAAAACGACAGAAAACUAAUGUAGCAUACAAAAAAAUGUAUUACUUUCCUUUGGUUCCUCGACUGCAGAGGUUGUAUGCAUCUAAUGCUACAGCAAAUGAUAUGAAGUGGCAUGCAAAUUCAGUUGAAGAUGGAAUCAUGCGUCAUCCCUCAGACUCGCUUGCUUGGAAGCAUUUUAACGACACUUAUCCUGACUUUGCAUCUGAAAUUCGAAAUGUCAGGUUAGGUCUGUGCACCGAUGGUUUUCAACCAUUUGGACAAUCAAGGCAACAAUACUCCUCAUGGCCUGUGAUACUUACAACGUACAACUUGCCUCCUUGGAUGUGUAUGAAGGAGGAGUAUAUGUUCUUGACCGUAUUGGUUCCAGGUCCAAAAAAUCCAAAAGAGAAGAUAGAUGUUUUUUUACAACCGCUUGUUAUGGAGUUAAACCAAUUAUGGGAAGUCGGUGUUCAAACAUAUGAUAUUUCAAAGAAGUAG